GCCUGCGCGCAGGUGGGGCAGGAAGGCGGGGCUUGAGCUUUGGAGGUUCGUGCAGGGGGCCGGUCCCAGAGAGGGAGCUGUGGAACGCAGAUCUCCAUGCCUUCCCGUGUCAGGUUUCCUGUACUCUGCUGAACAGGUACGAGAGCGUAUUCCAGGCGGUGCCAGCGUCCGGCGCCACCUCUAAGCCACUAGUUCAGAGACCCUGACACACCCACCUUACCACCUGGGCUGUGCGUCUACCCCAGCGACCUGGCAAGAUGAAGCCUAAACUGAUGUACCAGGAGCUGAAGGUCCCUGCUGAGGAGCCUGCCAGCGAGCUGCCCAUGAAUGAGAUUGAGGCAUGGAAGGCUGCAGAGAAGAAAGCCCGCUGGGUCCUGUUGGUCCUCAUCCUGGCAGUGGUGGGCUUUGGUGCCCUGAUGACUCAGCUGUUCCUAUGGGAAUAUGGGGACUUGCAUCUCUUUGGGCCCAACCAGCGCCCAGCUCCCUGCUAUGAUCCCUGCGAAGCAGUGCUGGUGGAGAGCAUUCCUGAAGGCCUGGACUUCCCAAAUGCCACCACAAGCAACCCCUCCACGAGCCAGGCCUGGCUGGGCCUGCUUGCCGGUGCUCACAGCAGCCUAGACAUCGCCUCCUUCUACUGGACCCUCACCAACAAUGACACUCACUCGCAGGACCCCUCUGCCCAGCAGGGUGAGGAGGUCCUGCGACAGCUGCAGACCCUGGCCCCUCGAGGUGUGAAGGUGCGCAUCGCCGUGAGCAAGCCCAACGGACCCCAGCCGCAGGCAGACUUGCAGGCCCUGCUGCAGAGCGGUGCCCAGGUCCGCAUGGUAGACAUGCAGAAGCUGACCCACGGCGUCCUACACACCAAGUUCUGGGUGGUAGACCAGACCCAUUUCUAUCUGGGCAGUGCCAACAUGGACUGGCGCUCACUGACUCAGGUCAAGGAGCUGGGUGUGGUCAUGUACAACUGCAGCUGCCUGGCACAGGACCUUACCAAGAUCUUUGAGGCCUACUGGUACCUGGGCCAGGCGGGCAGCUCCAUCCCGUCAACCUGGCCCAGGUCAUACGACACCCGCUACAAUCAAGAGACACCGAUGGAGAUCUGCCUCAAUGGGACCCCUGCACUGGCCUACCUGGCGAGUGCACCCCCACCACUCUGUCCCAGUGGUCGAACCCCAGACCUGAAGGCUUUGCUCAAUGUGGUGGACAGCGCCCGGAGCUUCAUCUACAUCGCGGUCAUGAACUACCUGCCCACCAUGGAGUUCUCCCACCCUCGCAGGUUCUGGCCCUCCAUCGAUGAUGGGCUGCGACGGGCGGCCUAUGAGCGGGGCGUCAAGGUACGCCUGCUGAUCAGCUGCUGGGGACACUCUGAGCCAUCUAUGCGCUCCUUCCUGCUCUCCCUGGCUGCCCUGCGUGACAACCACACCCAUACUGACAUCCAGGUGAAACUCUUUGUGGUCCCUGCGGAUGAAGCUCAGGCCCGAAUCCCAUAUGCUCGUGUCAACCACAACAAGUACAUGGUGACUGAACGUGCCGCCUACAUUGGGACCUCCAACUGGUCUGGCAGCUACUUCACUGAGACGGCAGGUACCUCACUGCUGGUGACGCAGAACGGUCGUGGUGGCCUGCGCAGCCAGCUGGAGGCGGUUUUCCAGAGGGACUGGGACUCUCCAUAUAGCCACGACCUUGAUGCCUCUGCCGACAGUGUGGGCAAUGCCUGUCGGCUGCUCUGAGGCUCAAUCCAGUGGACAGGCCAAGGCCUAGGAGGCCCCCAUGGACUCAGAUAGGGUCCUGACCCCUGUCCCCAUGCUCCCGCUUCUGUCUGCCCCACUGUGGCUCUACAGGCUCUCCCCUGCGCUCCCACCUCUACCUCUACCCCACUGGCCUGAUGCUAUGGCCCUGGGACCAAGCAGAGCUGGGGGAGGGAUCAGCCCCCAAAGAAGUGGGGGUGCAUGCUGGGCCUGGACUCCUGGCCCACCCCCCUUUCCAGGGCAAAGAGGGCCCAAGAUUAUAAUAAGAAGUAAAUAAUUGUCUGUACCUGUGCCUGA